UCCUUAAAAACAGCGGCUGUGAGGCUGCCCGGUGUUUUUGAACCGUAACCAGGUCCGUUUGUUUUACCUGGACGGAUUCACACCUUCCCGGGGUCCUUCCAGCUUCGUUUGCAGUAAUUCUUCACCCAUUUUUUUUCAGAGUGUAUUUUCAUCGCGUUGCGGUGAACCCACCUGAGCCAUGGCAGACUGGAAGACGCAGAUAAGCUACAACUACAACCCUCCUUACCAUGCCUACGCGUACGGCCUAAUGUACCAGUCCGGGUCCGAGCAGAACCACGGGAACCUGACCGGCUGGGGCGAAGGCACGUUCACCGACCUGAGUAACUACAACGCUGGGGUACCACCGGCCUACUACUCCGUCGCCACCACCGCCAAGACCCAGGACGAGUCUCCGCCUCCCACCCCGGAGCAGAAUGCCGUUAACGACCACUGCCACUACCAGGGCUCCGGGUUUGUUUAUUUCGGGGAGUCCCAGACCGGCCGCCUGCUGCUGGCGGGACCCCAGCGGGCUGCGUACCAAGCCCGUGAGAACGAGGUGGGACGGCCCGGGAGCGACUCCAUCAGUGAUACCGAGGCGCACACUUCACCAGACUCCUGGAGCUCCAGCAGCAGCAGCAAGGAGGGGAGCCUCCCCCUGGCAGACCCUGCUACAUGGGUCGAGAAAGACCUUCUUGAGGAGGCCAGCAACAAGAGCCCUGAUGCCAACAGGACCGUCUCCAGCUCUCUAAGAGAGGAGUCACAAGUGUUGGCCACCACAGAAGGCGAGGGCACCGACAAUGACACCUCUGCACCACCUUUAACUGACCCAAAGAAGCAAGGCGCCGCUGGCGUAAACAACCCUAAAGGAAAGGUCCGGACAGCCUUCUCAGAGAGCCAGAUGAACGCCCUCGUCCAGCGUUUUAGUGUGCAGAGGUACCUCACCCCGUCUGAGAUGAAGAGCCUGGCCGAGCUCACAGGCCUGACCUACAAACAGGUGAAGACUUGGUUUCAGAACCGAAGGAUGAAGCUGAGGAGACACCAGAAGGACACCACCUGGGUGUCGGAGCGCUAUUCUGUCAACAAGGAAAGCAUGUACUCCAACAUGCCCUCACACAUGCCACCUUAUCAGGAAGAGGCGCGCCCCCCGCUGAGGGAGCAUUACAACCAGCACAUGAUGGAGGCGGCCUUCAAGAAGACAGCUCCACAGAACCUGGCCUUCUAUCUGGCUGCCAUGGGCUCUGCUGCUGGAUCUCCUGGGUAUCCCCCCUGGUCCUCUACAUCAUCACAGGCCGCAGUGCCCAACAGGCCCCAGGUGACCGGCUGGUCCAUGCCACCAGGUGUCAGUCAUUAUGACUACAACCCUGGCACGUUCAACCUGGCCGGUGUCAACGUUGUGAACAACGUUGGGCACGACCCAAGCUUUGACAACAAGGAUGGAGAGCCUAUCAAAGGCCAGAGCACCAUGAACACUGCCAUGGUACACAAUGCCAGCCUGUAGUCGAUGUUUGAGCUGAUCAUUCUAUGAGUUUUUUUUGUAAAUGUUUUCUAGCGCCUGUGUUUUGAUUCUUCUCUUUGAGCUUGCUGAAUUUA